GUCACCUAACGAAUGAAUAAGAAUAAUGCCUCACAAUGAAAGAGAACUUAAGACACCCACCAUCAGGAUGAAAAUGAUAUUCGCUGGAUUCAACCUCGUUACCUGUCAAACCAUCCCCGACAGCCGCCAUGUUAACUAGGUUUAGUUGAACCAACAGAGCGGAAGAAACUGGUCACUAAAGAAUGAAACAAACGUUUCCCGAAGCUUUCCGAAGAGAGCCGAAGACACAACGGAGCGCAUUUUUCGAAUAGUUUGCGUACCGAUGUCUCUUAGUUCUUGUAAACCAGUGUUUGCAUCGAGAGAAAUUAUGUAUUUUACAAAAUAUGCAGAAGUUUGAGAAUUUCCUCUAUAUCCUAGCCCUGGCCGCUGGUUGUUGCAUUUCAGUUCCUCUGAGACUUAACGAAAUUAAUUUCAAUGGCGAUUGUUUACUUUUUGGAAAGCUGGAUAUUCUAACAAACACUAUAUUCAUGGGAAGUCAAGCGUACUGUAAUCUUACAUUCUUCUCUUCUUUGAGUAACGCUAUUUUGGCGAUUUUUCUCGGAUUGGGCAACUGUUGCUGUAAUAUACACACCUACAAUUGGAGUGUAGUGUAUUUCAAAUUCAUGGCCACUAUAUUGGCAGCAAUUGCAUGGAUCAACUGUCUGGUGUGUACUAUAUUUAUUGUCACUGGCUUCAACAAAUGGUGUAACUCUGUAACCAACAAUGGAAACAUUGAAAGGUGCAAAAAUGCAGAAAACUGGGAUUGGACUGUUUACACACCAGCUAGCAUUGAUGGUAGCAACUUUUACACCCACCUCUUUAUGGCAGAGGUUGCAUCAUAUUCUGCUCUUGGGAUUUGGUUUAUCAUCGUAAUGUUCUCUGGUAUAAAUUUCAAGAAAAACUUGUUCAAGAUGAAAGCUUCUGAAAACUACCUUACCGAUGAGAGAAUGGCAUACUCAUCACCCAUCCAAGAAAUUCCUUUCUAUGAGGUUACAAGUGACAGGGGAUCAAGAUAUCUUUAAACAGAUUCUUCUGAGUUGGCAAAUAUUAAGAAAUGUUUCUGGAACACUGAUAAUGUAGAUAUUCAUUGAGUAAGAAAACCAAAUGAGAAGUUUCUCAUCCUAAAUUAUUACUAACAAUAUGAAAUAACCUUCUUUUAAUGCAUGGUAAACCUAUAUAGUUAUUUUAUAAAAGCAAAAGACCCCACUUUCUAUCCCCUUACCAGCAUACAACCCUCGCAGGGUGUCAUUUACUCCAACAUAAGUAGAACACUGUGUGACCCACUGAAUGCUAUCCUUGCUUUCAUCAUUAGCAUAAUUCACAGAUUUUCAUUUGUUGCUUACUGCUUUUGUGGAUGGUGUAUUGAACCUUUUUUCACACAAGGAGAAAACUCUUAACUUGCAGCAAGCCAAGCAGAGAUGGCCAGCUAAAUUGACCCAGUCACUAAGAGAUUGAUUACAAAGUUAUUAAGUAAUCAAGAGGAACCAUCAGUGAAUUAUGUGUGUUAAAUCAUUCAUCAUCAUCUUUAUUUGCCUUAUUUUAACAAUUAAAAAAUAGUUAAUUACAGCGAUAACAGUUAGAAGGCAA